CUCAUAAGUGGGAGCUAAAACUGGCUACAAAGUAUAUAAAUACAGGAACAAUAGACAUUGGAGAACAUAAGGAACGGAAAAGACAGAAAGGUGCAGGAUUGAAAAACUACCUUUUGAGUACUAUGCUCACUUCUUAGGUGACAGGUUCAAUCAUACUCCGAACCUCAGCAUCACACAGGAUGCCUUUGUAAAAAACCCGCACAUGUACCCCCAGAAUCUAAAAUAAAUGCUGAAAACAAAUUAAAUAAAUUUGAAAAAAUAAAAAUAAAUUUUUGUUUUUUUAUAAAUUACCCAGUGUCAGUUAUUCUAACAGCACUAAACAGACUAAAAUAAACACCAUACAUAUAGAGGAACAAAGAAUCACAGCCAACUUUUCAAAAACCAUGUACAAGAGAGUGAAAUGAAAUAAAGUACUAAGAGAAAAAAAAAAAAAACUACUAAUCUAGAAUUCUGCACCCUGUGAAAUUACCCUGCAAAAGUGAAGGAAAAAUAUGGACUUUUUCAGGAAAACAAAAAUUGAAGAAAUUUAUUGGCAGCAGAUCUGCCCCCACAAAAUGUUAAAAGAAAUUCUCGGGUCUUCCCGAGAGCCUGCGGGCGUCCACUCCCAGCGCGGGAUUCUGGAGAUAAACUGAGGGAAACCUGGAAACUGCGCCGAGCCCAAGGGGUACCUAGAAGGGAGACAAGGCCAGGCCUGCUGCCCAGUGUGAGCUCCGGGAAGAAGAAGGGCACGCCGAGAGGCCCGCCAGCUUCUGUUGACGCUCUUUCAAUCAAAAGCCACGAGCUGCGUGGAGUUCCCCAGGACUCAGUUCUCAGCACUUCCUGGUCACUGGGUAGUCAGUCUGGACACGCAGGUUCAAGCCCCUCCACCAGCACGUAGUGCUGCAGACGAAAAUGGGAAACAAAACUGAAGCAAAUUGAAGAACGAGCAUCUCAGUAUGAGAGGAAACCAUUGUCCUCAGUGUAUAGGCCACGAUUGUCCAAGCCAGAAGAACCACCCUCCAUUUGGAAACUAUUUCAUCGACAAACUCAGGCUUUUAAUUUUGUUAAAAGCUGUAAAGAGGAUGUUCAUGUAUUUGCUUUGGAAUGCAAAGUGGGAGAUGGACAGCGUACUUACCUUGUGACAACCUGUGCUGAACUUUGGUUUUACUAUAAAUCCAGAAAAAAUCUCUUACACUGCUAUGAAGUUAUUCCUGAAAAUGCUGUGUGCAAGCUUUAUUUUGAUUUGGAAUUUAACAAACCUGCCAAUCCAGGAGCUGAUGGGAAAAAGAUGGUUGCAUUACUCAUUGAGUAUGUGUGUAAAGCGCUUCAAGAAUUAUACGGUGUUAAUUGCUCAGCUGAAGAUGUUUUGAACUUGGAUUCUAGCACUGAUGAAAAAUUCAGCCGGCAUUUAAUAUUUCAGCUUCGUGAUGUGGCAUUUAAAGAUAACAUUCAUGUUGGUAAUUUUUUGAGAAAGAUUUUGCAGCCUGCUUUUUACUUGCUUGGCAGUGAAGAUGCUGAUAGCGCGGAGACAAGAGGCCACGGAUUUCCCCACUUUUCUGAAGCAUCUACAAAACCAGGAUUUUCUUUUAACAAAAUGUUCGCAAAAAAGGCUGUAGAAGAAAGCUGGACAUUGAAUUCAAAGAAACUGGAGAGUCUAGGGUCAGCUGAGCAAGCCAGUCCUGGCCUUUCAUUUCUAGUUGUGAAGAAUAACAUGGGAGAGAAGCAUCUUUUCGUAGAUCUAGGAGUUUAUACAAGAAAUAGAAACUUUCGGCUGUAUAAAUCAUCAAAAAUAGGAAAGUGUGUGGCUUUGGAGGUUGCUGAGGAAAACAGAUUUUUUCCUAUACAGUCGGAAAACGUUUCAGAAGAAUAUCAGUAUUUUCUUUCUUCUUUGGUCAGCAAUGUCAGGUUCUCAGAUACUUUACGAAUUCUUACAUGUGACCCAUCUCAGAAUAAACAAAAAUGAGUUGGAUAUUUUAACAGUAUCAGCACUUCAGUAGAAACCAUUGAAGGUUUUCAGUAUUCACCCUAUCCUGAAGUUGAUCAUUUUGUUCUUUCUUUGGUGAAUAAAGAUGGCAUUAAAGGAGGAAUUCGGCGUUGGAACUACUUUUUCCCAGAAGAAUUAUUGGUUUAUGAUAUUUGUAAAUAUCGUUGGUGUGAAAACAUCAGAAGACCCCAUAAGAGUAAUAAUAUCAUGAUUCUGGUUGAUCUGAAAAACGAAGUUUGGUAUCAAAAAUGUCAUGACCCCGUAUGUAAAGCAGAAAACUUCAAAUCUGACUGUUUCCCAUUACCUGCUGAAGUAUGUCUCCUGUUUCUUUUCAAAGAGGAAGAAGAGUUUACAACAGAUGAAACUAGGAGCAGUGAAACCCAGAAUCCUCAUAAGCCAUCACCUAGCAAGCUGUCAACAGGUGCAUCUGCUGACACAGACUGGAAUAAUGGCAUUGAUGAUGCUUAUUUUUUAGAAGCUACUGAAGAUGCUGAAUUAGCUGAAGCGGCAGAGAACAGUCUUCUGAGUUACAAUAGUGAAGUGGAUGAAAUUCCUGAUGAACUAAUUAUAGAAGUAUUACAAGAGUAGGUAAUUCACUGUGGACACUUGUCACCAGACUAUAAUUUGCCUGAUGUCUAUCAGAUUUGAUAAAUAUAUUGUUAAACCUGUUAACAUAAAUUAAGUUUUAUCACUGUUUUCCAA